AUGUCAGAAUAUUUUUUUAAUAUCGAUCACGGCUAUUUAGAAGCAUUAAUUCGAGGUUUUAAAGAAGGAAUAUUAACACAAUCUGAUUAUGCAAAUCUUGUACAGUGUGAAACACUUGAAGAUUUGAAGCUUCAUAUUCAAUCUACAGAUUAUGGCAGUUUUUUAGCCAAUGAAAUUGGCUCAAUAACUGUCCAGGUAAUCGAUGAACGUUUAAGAGAAAGAUUGGUGAAUGAUUUUCAUCAUUUCAGAAAUAAUUCGGUUGAGCCAUUGUCAACAUUCCUCGAUUAUAUCACAUAUUCAUAUAUGAUUGAUAAUAUCAUCUUGUUAAUAACUGGAACAUUACAUCAACGUCCCAUCAAUGAAUUAAUAUCUAAAUGUCAUCCACUGGGCUCUUUCGAACAAAUGGAAGCUAUACAUAUUGCUUCGACUCCUGCUGAAUUAUAUAAUGCUGUGCUUGUUGAUACACCCCUAGCGCCAUAUUUCGUGGAUUGUAUCAAUGAGCAAGAUUUGGAUGAAAUGAACGUUGAAAUUAUUCGCAACACGUUAUAUCGAGCUUACCUUGAAGAUUUUUAUAAAUUUUGCAAGCAUUUAGGCGGCACAACAGCCGAAGUUAUGGGUGAAAUCCUUGCUUUUGAAGCAGAUCGCCGAUCCAUCAUUAUUACGAUCAACAGUUUCGAUACGGAACUUUCGAAGGACGACCGAGCCAAAUUGUAUCCGCGGUGUGGAAAACUUUAUCCGGAAGGAUUGGCUGGAUUAUCUAGAGCUGACGAUUAUGAGCAAGUGAAACAGGUUUGUGAAUAUUAUUCGGAAUAUCGAGCAUUAUUUGAAGGUUCAGGCAUGGAGCCAGGGGAUAAAGCAUUGGAGGAUAAAUUUUUUGAAUAUGAGGUUAAGCUCAACGUUCUUGCUUUUCUCCAACAGUUCCAUUUUGGUAUCUUCUAUGCUUUCAUAAAAUUAAAGGAGCAAGAAAUGCGUAAUAUUAUAUGGAUAGCUGAAUGUAUUUCUCAGCGACAUCGCAGUAAAAUUGAUAAUUAUAUCCCUAUACUAUAG